AUGCUGGCCCUGCAGAGUGAGCUGGACAGCCUGCGUGCCGACAACAUCAAACUCUACGAGAAGAUCAAGUUCCUCCAGAGCUACCCUGGCAGGAGCUACCCUGGCAGGGUGAGUAGGUUCCUCCAGAGCUACCCUGGCAGGGUGAGUAGGUUCCUCCAGAGCUACCCUGGCAGGGCUGGAGGCAGUGAUGACACGGUUACGGUGCGUUACUCCUCCCAGUAUGAGGAAAGACUGGACCCCUUCGCCUCCUUCAGCAAGAGGGAACGCCAGCGCAGAUACCUGAGCCUCAGCCCCUGGGACAAGGUUACACUCAGCCUAGGUCGUGGUAUUCUCUCCAACAAGAUGGCCAGAACCAUUGCUUUCUUUUACACCCUCUUCCUGCAUUGCCUGGUCUUCCUGGUGCUGUAUAAGACAGCCUGGAGUGAGAGCAUCGGUCGAGACUGCUCUGCCUUCUGUGCUAAGAAGUACUCGGAUCACCUGCAUCGUUUCCAUGAGAACGGGGACAACCUGUGAUGUCAACCUGUGAUGUCAACCUGUGAUGACAACCUGUGAUGACAACCUGUGAUGUCAACAGGUCGUGGCGAGACUAAGGGCAGACUGGAAUAGCAGCUUUAUUUUCUCCAGUAGAUGAUUUUACCCACUGUGGGGUGUGCUUUCUCUCUGCUUUUUUGGGGGGGUUAAGAGUUUGGUUAAGGUUAGGUUAAGAGUUUGGUUAAGGUUAGGGUUAAUGUAAAGGUCAGUUAUAGAUGUUGGCUAGUCGGGCUGUCAGAAAAAUCCCCUUAGGCUCUCUCUCACCAGCUCUCUCCCCAGCUCUCUCCCCAGCUCUCUCUCCAGCUCUCUCUCCAGCUCUCUCCCCAGCUCUCUCCCCAGCUCUCUCUCCAGCUCUCUCUCCAGCUCUCUCCCCAGCUCUCUCCCCAGCUCUCUCCCCAGCUCUCUCUCCAGCUCUCUCCCCAGCUCUCUCCCCAGCUCUCUCCCCAGCUCUCUCCCCAGCUCUCUCCCCAGCUCUCUCCCCAGCUCUCUCCCCAGCUCUCUCCCCAGCUCUCUCCCCAGCUCUCUCUCCAGCUCUCUCUCCAGCUCUCUCUCCAGCUCUCUCUCCAGCUCUCUCCCCCCUGCUCUCCCCCAGCUCUCUCCCCAGCU